CUCAGUCUUAAUUUACAAAAUGGCCGACAAAGAGUUGCAAGAGCGAAUUUUAAGAUUCCUAAAUGGAAAACCAAAGAAGACAGAGGCUGCCGCAAAAAUUAUACAAGCUCUUCGUGUGCCAAAAAAAUCUUUAAACAAUCAGUUGUACAAAUUACAGCGUGAAGGUCGAGUAAUCAAAGUUGAGGAGUCCCCACCUGUUUGGGCUGUACAAUCGGGAGCGUCAGUGACUGCACUGGCCCCAAGAACAACCAGAUCAAGACGUAAAUCUGAUAACGCCGAGAAAAAUACAGAGGGAGAUCAGGAACUUGAAAGAAAGAUUCUAGAAUUUUUAAGAGGGAGGUCAAAGCCGAGCAAGUCACUUGACAUCGCCAAGGGAACAGGUCAUUCUAGAGCCAGUGAUGUGAACACGACUCUGUACAAAAUGCUGGAGAAGGGUUUGAUUGACAAAGUAUCAGAGAAACCACCAACAUGGAGAGCUACUGCAGGAGGGGCAGGUGCCAGAGCCAUUGAGUUCAAGCCAUCAGCCAACAGUUACCCUGAGGACAGUUACCCUACAGACAGUUACAGUGUGGACAGUUACCCUGCAGACAAUUAUCUUCCUGGAGGUCAAGGUAUUCCAGUCUUUCAGGAUACUGAACUCUUCAAGACCGAGCCGCAGUUUGAAUCUGAUGCAUCUGAAGUAUAUACAACUGUGCAAGAAAAAAACGAAGAUGAUGAUAGUGAAAGUGAGAAUGAAAAAAGCAGUCAGAGAUUUAUAGAAAAUGAAGAUGAAAAAGAUUUUGAAACUGAACAUCCUGAAAGAAAUUUAGAUGGAGAUAAUUUAUCUGUCAGUGCAGGUUAUAGAGAGGAGGAUAUUUCAACACAAGGAUCAUAUAAAAUGUUUGAAGGAUAUGGAGAUUCUAGUGUGUCUAGGAAUUGUGCUGAUUGGAAUGAAGCCACUGAAGAUGAUUCUCUUGAAUGUGAUGGCGAAGAUCACAUUAAACAAGAACAAGGAACUGGAGAAAGUAUGGAAAUGUCAAGUUCAGGGGCAAAUUCUGUGAACAGGGAAGGUGAUCAAAGUGGUACAGUGUUAGGUCACACAGGUAAUUUAGCAGAAGAAAAUAAUGAGCUUGUUUCCAUGGAAGAAGAUAAUGGGAGUACAAGAAACCAACUUGUACAUGAAGCUCCUGAGUUUGAUAGAGAGUAUGUGAAGAAACCAAAAACAUUCAGAGAUGUGUUUAGAUUAGAUGACCCAAUGUCUGAUGACACUAGUAGCUCUUUUGAUAGUGCAAAAGAAAUUGAUGCUGAACUAAAAACAGAAGAUGAUAGUAAUGACAGUCGGAAUGUUAAAGAUUUUGCAAUGUGUUGCAGUGAAACUGAUACUUCAUCUGAAAAUAAAGAUGAGAAAAGCACUCCAGAAAUAUCUGCUGUUUCAGUAGAAAGAGCUACACCAGAGCAGACUAAAGUGUCAAGGGAAUGGAACACUCCUCAGAUAUUAGAUGAAGUGCUUGAUUUACAAGAAGAUUUGACAGGUUCAGCUGCAGAAACAGAAAAUCCUGCAUUAGGUGAAGGUGAAGAUGCUGAAUAUGGUGAUUCAGAAGCAGUUGAGUCUUCUGCAGUAACUGAACAUGCAUUAGAAGCAAAGGAUGAAAUUAGUCAGGUAGAGAUGAAUGAUAGUUUUGGAAAACAAGUGGAAGGGAAUGAAGAAAUGACUGAUGAGAAUGAUCAGGAUAUGAAAUCAAAUGACAGUGACAUGGAAGACUGUGAUAAAGUUCUAAAAGUUCUUCAAGAACUUAAAGGUAUUGCACAAUUUGUGCUUAAAAGAAAGACAGAUAUACCUCCAGAACAUUUAGAUGAGGUUUUACAGAAAUGUUUGUCCUUGAACUAUGUGUCAGGCAGUUCCAAAUUGUGGAAAAUUACAGAUGAAGGACUUGAUUACAUUAGCAAGAAAAUGGGAGACAGUAACAUUUUGAAAGAAACUGAAACAUACACUCUACCUGAAAGAAAAGUUAAGCCUACGUUUAAAGGUCCCCCACCAUCACCAAUGGCACUGUUGAAAAAGGAUGAAAGAAAUGUCAGUGGAAAUAGUGGUAUGGGUGAUAGUGUGAGUAAACAAACUGUUAGAUCAUCACCUUCAGUUUUUACAUCUCAUAGUCCAAAUUCUUUAUUCAAGCCACCACCAGCAAAAAUUAGUAAAACUACAUCUGCAGGUGUCAUUUCAGCUGAAUCUAACAGUGGACCACAGUCAUUAUUGUCAAUUCAGUUUGAUUCAAACACAGCUAAAUUUGCACAGAAGCCAGGAGGUUUAAACCAAGGUUCAAGUCAAGGAACACCACAGCCUUUAAUGUCAGUAAAAUUUGAUUCAAGUCCAAUGAAUAAAACAAGAAAUAUACCACCUCAAAGUAGUUCAAAUACAAACAAAGUUACUGAUAAUCAGGAAAAAGUUACAAUGGUGCCAAUGGAAACAAAUAUUCAGAAAUUGGAGUUGAAUUCAAAUUUAUGGGGAAUUGGAGCAAACUCAAACACUAUGAGUUCAGAUGUUUACAAUGUUAACACAAAAUCACAAGUUUCAAAUUCAGAUUUUUCUGCGAACAAAUUGUUUCCAAGUUCAAUACAAAGGUCGUCACCUAAAGAAGCACUUGGAUUUCAAAAUUCAGUUAACCAGCGGUUGUCUUCUCCGCAGAAUGCUAGAAAGACUGCGCCUGUGACACAAGAAGUACAAAAACGAGAAAUACCCAGUAAAUAUGCUGAUUAUCCAAACCAGUCUACAAGUCUUCAGUGUUUAAAAAGCAAGACACAACCAAAAUCUGUGAAUAAAUCAGUCCCCAGUUCUCAAAGUAAAAGUGCAUUCAAUAAAGGCCCACCACCAUCACCUUUAGAUAUUUUAUCAAAGGGGUUGAAGAAAACAGAAAUUUCACCCCCAAGUAGCUAUAAAGAUAAAAUAUCAACAAGUCAUCCUAGUGGUACAUUUUCUACAAUGUCUCAAACGUUGUCGAACAGAAGUACAGGAAGUUCAAAUCAGUCAGCAGACAGCAAGUCUGUUUUUUCGUCCGGACAAUUUUCUCAGUCUGGUUCUCAAAAUUACUUUUCUGGAAAUAAAUUUGAACAGACUGUAACUGUCAACCAGUCUAGUUUUACACAGUCUGGCUCAGUGUUUGGAAGUCAGAGUAGACAGACUGGUUUUCAAAGACCAGAUUUAACUAUGAACCAGUCUACUCUGCAAAGUUCAGCUGCGAGGCCUGCAACCAGAGGCCCGCCACCACCACCAGCUGUUAAGUUAGGCCUUCAGGCACCACAGUCUGCUCCAGUACCUGUAUCAAUAUCAAAACCGGCACAAAAUACUCCAAGACCAAACCUUGGUCUUGCACUCAAUACUGAAAGUUUUAAUGCUUUAAACAAAAAUCCAGUCAGUGCCCUGAUGGAGUAUGCUCAGUCACGAAAGUUAGUAGCGCGAGUGGAAGUCAUAAGUCAGAGGGGAUCUUCCCAUAAACCAACAUUUGAGAUGGCAGCUUUUGUAGGUAACCGGAAGUUCCCGUCAGUUAGCUGCCACAACAAGAAAGACGGUAGAAAAGAAGCAUGUGAUAUUGCAAUGAGACAGGUUGUAGCUGAAGGACAGUUCCAGGCAGAGAAUGCUUCAGCACAAAAUAAUACAACUACCGUCUCUCCGGUGCCAUCGGCCAAUAUGACUCACUUUGAUACCAUAGCUGCACUGACCCAUCGAGGUUUUACAGCCCUCGUGUCACAGAUUACAGCCGAAUCUUUCGCCGGCCGCAAAGUCAUUGCUGGGCUUGUCAUGAAGAGGUCAGCUGAAGACACCGGAGUUCUUAUCAGUUUGGGAACAGGUAACCGUUGUAUCACUGGUCAACAGUUGAGUCUCCAAGGAAACACAGUAAAUGAUUCACAUGCUGAAAUUAUUACCAGGCGUGGUUUUAUCAGGUUCCUGUACAAACGGCUAAUGGAGUUUGACCCUAGUCGUCCUCAUCCAAUGUUUGAGAAGUCGCCUAGAGGGAAACUGCAAGUACGACCAAAUAUCACAUUCCAUUUGUACAUUUCAACAGCACCCUGUGGAGACGGAGCUCUUUUCUCUCCAAGAGAUGCUGAGUCAUCAAAAGCUCCCAUAGACUCUCGUAUACGACCCCCGCACGAGCCUACUUUCUCCAGCAAUGUACAGGGACUUCUUAGAACUAAAGUGGAAGGAGGUGAGGGUACCAUUCCAAUCGAGCCAGGGUUCAAAGCUCAAACAUUUGAUGGUAUACAGAGAGGAGAAAGGUUACGAACAAUGUCAUGUACAGAUAAAAUCUGCCGCUGGAAUGUUGUCGGCAUGCAAGGGGCAUUACUCAGUCAUUUCCUGGAACCUAUCUAUCUUGACUCUCUUACAUUAGGACUAUUGUAUGAUCAUGGGCAUUUAUGUCGGGCAGUGUGCUGUAGAGUAGGGCGUGGUGCAGUUGAUGUAAACAGUGAGCUACCCCAUGGGUACAGACUUAACCACCCAUGGCUGGGCCGGGUCACUGUGUGUGAUCCUCCCAGAGAAGUACAGAAAACCAAAGCUCUAAGUAUCAACUGGUGUUUUGGAGACAAAGGACCCGAGGUCACCGACGGUACGCAGGGUCUCUGCUACACAAGCAUAGAGAAAGGUUUCUUCUCGAGGUGUUCGAAACGUAACAUGUUCACAAGUUUCAAGCAGCUGUGUGAAAAGUUUGGUCGCCAAGAUUUACUACAUGUGUCCUCGUACAACGAGGCCAAGGUGGCCGCACAAGACUUUGUAGAUGCUAAACAGACAAUGCUGAGACGAUUUAAAGAAAAUGGAUUUGGAAAGUGGGUCUCUAAACCAGUGGAGGAAGAAAUGUUUGGUUUUAACGAACAGCAGUAAUAAAAAACAAAACGUUUUAUUAUUAAAGGGACCUGCCUCCAGAUGAUCAUCAGAAUUUCUUCUUGUGUUAGAUAUUGAAAAUGAUAAAGUAGUAUAGUUUUAGUAGAUAUUUUAAAGUUCAUCAAUUCCUUCUUUUUAGUGUAUAUAGAUAUUAAAAGUACAUAAUGUAGUUAAAACUACAAAGACUUUUUUAUCAAGUUACUUUAUUUUUCACCAGCGUUUAGGCUACAUUAGCCUUUUUCAGGGUUCAUUUGUGUGACUUACACUUUCAGAAGUUUUCUGCUUAUGUAUUUUAUUGACUAAGUGCAGAAUUACUAUAUUUUUUUUUCUGUUGUGGUUUCUUAAUGUUGAAAGCUUUUAAAAAUUUAGACAAAUUUGAUUUUAAAUCGGGAGUCUUGCGGCUUUAUUAAAUCUUGAAAAGAAAAGGGCUUAAAGUUAUUUGACAUAAAAUCUUGCAAAGGUAUAUAAGACAUUUCAAAAUACAAGUAGAUCUGAAAAAAUAACUACAAGAUUAAUAUUUUCAUUGCCUGACUUUUAAAAUGUUAUGCAAUUAAAAGGAAUUAAUGGACAUACAUUUAUCACUUGUCAUCGAGUUAGUCCAAAAGAAGUAAAAAAAAUGGAAGAUAGAGAAUCUAUAGAUUAAGAAUUUCAAUGGGCAGUUCUUGUUAAUUUUUGCACUUUUUUUAUCAUUGAUCUGUUCAUAACCUUUAGCCUGCUGGUGGCAAAUGAUUUUGCCUUUGUGACCAGCACAGACCAAGAUCAGCCUGCACAUUUGUGCAGUCUGAUCAUGGUCUGCACUAUUCAUUAUUCAGUUAGUAAAUUUUCAGUAAACACCCCUUUAAAUGAUACUGUGAUAAAGUGGUACUGCCCAAACUGAAUAAUGGACCAGUCCAUUUUAGAACUUUAGCAGGGAAAAGGUUAAUAUUUUCAUUCUUUUGUGAAGAAAACGUUUGUAAAUCAUACAAAUAUUAUCUCAGUGAAUGUAGAAUAAUAGCAAAAAUGUGAUGACUGGAACACAUCACCAUUGUUCUUUGAAAACCUUGUUUGUCAGUUAUGAAAUGAACAUUUUUACUUUUGCAUUUCGCUGUUGGUACUUUGUCUCAUCACCUGCGGAAAUACAGAAACCAUAAGUAAUGGGAAAGUUGGUAUUUUGAGUCUUUGAAAACCAAGUAUAAUUUAUCUUUAAGAAAAGACUCUUUUUCAAAAGAAUAAUAAUUAACUGUAAUGCUUGCCAGUCAUUGAACUGUACUAAGAGUUACUAUUAAACUGGUGAUUUAAUGUUACAAAGAAAUAUGUAUGUCUGCUUUUAAUCAUAUAAAGUACCACUAUAAUGUGAUGCAAUUGAUGCAUGAAAAUGAAUAAUGAAAAUUAAAGAGGAAGUCUCAUUAUAAAAUAAAGUGACUGUAACCUCAAAGAACAUUAGUGCAAUAAUUCCUGUAAGUAGCUUUGGAUUUAUAAAUUGUUACUAGAAAAUGCUUUUGUACAUAUAUUUGCUUGAGUAUAUAUGAUAGUGAAUACAUAUUUUUUUAUAAAUCACUGUAAGAUAAAGAUCACGUUUAAAUUACAACUCUGAUUACUCAGCUGCUGUUUUAUAACAAUGAACCUUAAUAGAGAUGUCGAUUUGAAACAGGGCUGCAUUUUUGUGUUGUGAUAAUGAAAUCGUGUUGCUUUACACUCCUGUGUAACAGGUGCGGGAUUGUUGGUUGUUUGGUGGAAGUGGAGGGGGACAGUAAAAUUUCCUAGAAAUGUUUCCCUGCCCUGGAAAUUUACCCAUAUUCAUCCACCAAGUUACUCAUUUAUAAAGAUAAUUCUGAGGAUUGGCAUAAUAACUAAUGUUUCCUGAUUGUAGAUAAAUACUUGAAAGUGUAUGGAACUAAAAGAUAAUCUUUUGACCAAGCCUGCCCGCUUAGCUCAUUAGGGAGAGCGCAGAUCUAUGGAUAGCGGGGUCGCAAGUUCGAGCCCUGGUCGAGGUGUAUGUUCUCCGUAAUGAUUUAACAAAAGAAAUUGUGUCUCAAAUCAUUCGUCCUCCACCGCUGAUUCAUGUGGAGAAGUUGGCAGUUACUUGCAGAGAACAGGUUUGUACUGGUACAGAAUCCAGGAACACUGGUUAGGUUAACUGCCAGCCGUUACUGAAAUACUGUUGAAAAACAAGAGUUAAACCCAAAGCAAAAACAAAAAAAUCUUGUGACCAUUUCAAAUCAAUCUCCAUCUCAGUGUUUAAGGUGGUUAUGCAUAUUAGUACAACUAAAUUUUAUUGCAUAAUGCCAUAAUUCAAUCAAGCAAAAGUGUAAUUUAAAUUAUAAAUUUCUCAUUGGCUGAAAUGGUGAGAAGUUUUAUGGUUUGGUUUUACAAACUAUUUUUGCCAAAAAUCAAGCACACUAUCUUGUGUUGUUUGUUGUAGAUACUGAAGCUUGUGUUUUAAAAAUAAAGAAUUUAAUCAAAUUCUCCAUUGUAGAAAAAAAAACAUUUAAGUUUUAUUGUAUGCUAAAAAAGAUGAUCAUGUCAAUAUAUUUUGUUGUGAUACUGUAAUUGUUUAAUGUUGUUUAAAAUUUUGUGUUUAUUUGACUUGAUGAAUACUGGUAAAACCAAAUGGCAAACUUUGUUGUAAACACUUUGUUAUUUUUAGCUUCACUGUAUGAAGUAUAAAGAAAACUUUCCUGCUCGACCCAGCAUCCACGCCUUGGUUCAAGUUUUGAUGAACUUUCUCUGUUUCUCUGUUAUUACUGAAAGGAUUUGCUUCAGACUUGAAGUUGUUGUUCCAUAACAUCACCCACAUGACACAAGGUCCAUAACUCCGGCUGCUAUAUUUCAUGAAUUAUGCUCCCUUUUUAUUUAGAAUUUCAAGCUAUGAUGCACCUUCACUUUAUCUGGGUUAUCAAAUAUGGAUUUGAUUAAACUUAAACUCAUUGUUCCACAUUAUUACUGACAUCAUAUGACACAUGGUACAUUACAUUUGCACAUAUAUUUUAUGAAUUAUGCCCUAUUUACACUUAGGAUUUUUUCUUAUUUCUCAUACAAACUCGCUCUAUCUCAGAUUACUCAAAUUACUGAGAUUUGACUCAAACGCGAACUAUAGUCAAACAUCACUAAAGCAUUAAUUACUCCAGUGAUAGCUCUAGGUUUCUCAGAUAUACCCCCAUAUUUACUAUUCAGCAUGCAAAUAGUCUUGUGGGCUGUCUCUUCUGACAACUUUGGUCUAUGUUCCUUGCGCUUUUGCAAAGUUAAUUUUUAGCCUGCUGGCAGCAAGUGAUUCUGCCUUUGUAACAAGUGCAGAUGGAUCAUGGUCUGCACUUUUUGCUAUUCAAUCAGUUCAUUUUUACUGAACACCUUUUUGAAUAAUAAAUCAUUUAUGGUAUUUCCCAAAUUAAAUGAUGGACCAGUCCCUUUUAGAUUAGCAGGCUAAAGCUUCAGUUGUGCAGUUCAGAUCCAGACAUAAUGCUUCUCCCCCCAAAAUUGUUAUUAGCAAAUUAUGCGUUUCAUUUGUUAAGGAACAUACUUUAUGGAAGUGUUAGCAUUGUAAAUACACAAUGUAUCAAGGCUUGAGUUUGUGUUUGAAGCUUUUUGUGAGAAAUGAUUUUGUUCAUGAUCUUUUCAAGACAAAUUGUUACACAUUGUGCAUAAAUAUGCUUUGUUGUAAAUCAUGAAGUUUUUUUUUUUUUUUUUUAAAAACAACUUCAAAUUUAAGGAAUAAAGUGAUCUCAAAAGUA